AUGGUGGAGCAUCAAGAAAUGGAACUAACCAAAGCUGAACAGUUCCCCGAAAACGCCAUUACUGAACCCCUCAUCAUGCGUUCUCAAAUACUAAGCACGUAUAACAAUGCUAUGGAAACCGAAGAGCGAGUAGAGACGCUCAUCUAUGAGGAGGGUCUUCUUCGAGAGGAAAGAAAACUACUGAAACGUGAUUUCUCUCGCCUGCCCACUGCCGAGGUAUGUGCCUUUUGCAAAUUCAAAACCUGA